AUGGAUGGAUUCACAGAGGCCUUAGGCGAAGAGCCAAGGAUUCCCAAAAAGAACAGACCUGGUUCGCCUGAUAGUUCGCAUUCGAGAUCAUCCUCUAUGUCCAAGAACUCCCUACAAGACCGCCUAUUCACAAAACUACUCCAACAAGUUAUCCCAACAGACAAUGAGGAUGAAACUGAUUCAUCUGGAGACAAGGCUAUUGCCUCUCCAAUAAAACCGGCUUUCAGUUUACCUGUAAUGGCAAACAACUUUCGUCGCUUCAAUGCAAGAAUCGGUGUGGUGUUCCUAUUCCAAGACCGCGUGGAGCGACUACUUACCUGGGACACCCCAACUCACACCAUCUCCCUUCUUUUUGUCUAUUCUUUUAUCUGUUUGCAACCUCAUCUUCUUUUGGUUCUCCCUUUGGUGGUACUUUUGCUCUUUAUCAUGGUGCCGGCCUUUGUAACCCGCCACCCUCCACCACCCAACAGUUCCACUUCUAGCACUACUCCUUACUAUUCUUAUGAUGGACCAGCGCUGGCGCCGGCCACGACUAUCAAGCCUGCACCAGAGACCUCCAAGGACUUUCUUCGGAACAUGCGAGAUCUGCAAAACGUUAUGGCUGAUUUUUCGGACGCUCACGACGCCGCCAUUUCCGUCAUUGCGCCAAUGACCAAUUUCUCCAACGAAAAGCUCUCGUCAACACUGUUUCUAGUCUGUACUAUAGCUAUCGUGGUGCUGUUCGUCAGCGCACAUCUCCUACCCUUAAGGCUUGUCCUCCUUCUGGGAGGAAAUGCAGCGAUUUUAGCAAUUCACCCCACUGUGAGGCAAUUCGUUACGGCUAUGAUGCAAGACAUGGCCGGGGAUUCCCUGGACUUGGACUCAGAUGACGAAAAAGUGCACGGAUUUGCUGCAUCUGUCCCUUCAGACCCAUCUGCAGCAAUGUCCGCGAUGGAAAAGCUCGCAGAUAUCUCAUUGGAUACAUAUCCAGAAGAGCGAGAAGUCGAAAUCUUUGAAGUGCAGCAUCGCGCUGCAGGAACUUCUGAGUCCGGUUGGGAGAGUUUCCUCUUCAGCCACGCACCGUACGACCCACUUUCACCAUCUCGUAUCGCGGGGGACCGGCCUCGUGGAUGCCGAUUCUUCGAGGACGUGCGAGCGCCGCCUGGCUGGACCUGGAAGAGCAAGAAAUGGGAACUUGACCUGGAUUGCCGGGAAUGGGUGGUGGAGCGCAUGAUCACCAGCGUUGGAUUUGAGGUCCCCGGUGUGACCGCCGAAGGCAACGCUAUUGUCGGGGAGGUUGGCGGCUGGGUUUGGGAUUUACCCUCGAAUCGCUCGCAGGAUUCAGAUGAUGAAAUGCCAUUGGCUUACGGAGACCUGCCGCCGGAGUCACCCACUCCCAAGGGGAAGAAGAAGAAAGAGAAAGAAGCGCCUAAGCUCCGAGAUUGGGAGGAAGGCAACGCAUCUCACGGAGUAGGAGAAUGGAGACGGCGACGAUGGGUGCGAGUAGUGCAACGAGUCAGCCUUCCGCCGGCGGGAGUCGUUUCCUACUCAACACUCAGCAGCCGAACAUAA